AUGCAGCGGGCCAGGGACUGUUUACACCUGAGAUGGACCACAGAACAGCACGUACCAGAGGGAGAAGUCCAAGUCAAACGGAGAAGCACAGCCUCACUGAACAACCAGGAGUGCCACCUGUACCCAAGGCGAUCUCAGCAGCAGCAGCAAGUCCCUGUGGUGGAUUUCCAGGCGGAACUGAGACAGGCAUUCUUAGCUGAGACACCAAGAGGUGGUUAAAGCAGUAUUGGAACACCCAGGUAGCAGAUUCCAAGAGCGAAAAACAA